AUGGGCAAGAAAAGUAAAGCGAAUAAAUUGGCAAAAAUGUCGGAGGAGGAGCGGGCGCGUUAUAUGCAAAUGCGUGCCGAUAUAGAAGAGGAGGCGCGACGCCGCAAAGUACAGCUCAUAUCGCUCUUCAUGAAGAAUAAACUCAAGAAGGAGGAGGCCUUCGGUCGCCUGAAUAUGGCGAAAAUCAAUCAGGAAUGGCGUUCCAUCUUGCGUCAGGUGAAAGUGCAGGAGCUGCGCAAAGAUAUGGUAGAAUUGCAGAAAUUCUUUCAAGAGCGUCUAGAUCGUAAAGAUGGUGUCAUAAAGCGUUUACUCAACGAUAUCGAUAUAGCUGAGGAUAUGUACUCGACGCUGCAGCAGUCACAUAUGGAAAAUGUUAACAAGAUGAUUGGCAUCCAACAACAACGUAUGCAGUUCUUCAAAGAUACUUAUGAACAAAAUAAAACUGCUGUUCUUGAAGAAUACAGUCAAGAUUUUGCCGAGUUUCAAGAAAAACGUCUUAAAGCUUUGGAUGAAUUGGAAUGUGUUAAAUAUCAACUGGAAGAUGAUAGUGAAAAGCGCGCAAUGGAAAGAGAGGAGAGACAUUUGCAGCAAUUGGACGACUUGAAGAGUGAGAUGCAACUCUAUAUUGAAAAUAUCACUAAAAGUGGCGAGGAGAAACUCGAACGUCUGUGGCAGGAAUAUCAAGAUGUGCUCGCCGGUUAUAUGCGCCACACCGAGAGUUUCUAUUCUGAGUAUAUGGAUCUAAAGGAACGUGAUCAGGAGAGCGCUAAUAUAAUACGCGAUCAUUAUCAUCAAAUAGAACGUGCCAGCGAUCAGUUAGCUCAUCUCAAGCUAGUCUAUGCCGACAGCUUGGAGAACAAUGAGGUUAAGGUGAUAUAUUUUGUGAAGCUCAGGGAUGAUCUGCAGCAACGCUUGUCAGAGUCGAAAGCAAAUUUUGAGUCUGAAUUGAAAACCGAUGAGCAGCGUUUCAAACUAAUGAGCGUCGUGAGCUACAAUGUGCUAAAGCACUUGAAAGGCAUCGCAGCUGAAGGUGAAACUCUUCUACAACUGGCAUUAGUUUGUCGCAAAAAUGAGACAGAGCGAGAACAGUUGUUGCCUUUCGGCUUGCCACCGCUUCCCAAGCCGAUGUUUGAGGAGACGCAAACUCAGGAGGAAGUAGAAGAGAUAAAGGUUACGGAGCAGCCAUCCAAGUUAGAGGAAUACGCCUAUGCCAAUUGGAUGUUGAUGGAGAACUUUUGGCGUCGUGUCAACAACGCACGUGUCGAUGUGGUCUGCAUGAAGCAACAAAAGAAGAAACUGGAAAACGAAAACGCCCAACUAAAAGCACAACUGCAGGAGCUAUUGAUCAAUUUGAACUUAUGCAACGGUUCCAAUCUACAUGUCAACGACUAUCUCGCCAAGCGACCGAGCAGCAUGCGUGUGGAUCGUGUGCAACAGCAGCAUCUAACCAAAGAUCGACGACAAACGAAGUGUUACAGCGCAGCCGAAGCGCGUCGCACUUCAACAACCCCGUGUCACGCCAACAAUAAAAGCUUUCGGCGUCCCUUCACCGCUUGCAUCGAGGCGAACUUCACCAGCACCGUGCGUACGGCGCGUUUGCUGCGCGGUAAGCCGAAACUGGCGAAAAUUGAAUCGUUUGUGCGGUUUUAA